ACACCCUAUCGUAAACAACUAGGAACUUGCAGAGUCCGCCUCGGGCAGCCCAAAGCUCCUCUGCCCACCCUGGCUCCCAGAGCCCUCCAAAACAAAAGACCAGAGAGGCACUCUCCAUCCAGCAGCCAGACGCCUCCUUCUUGACACCAGCCCCCACCCCUUGUCUGCUGGCGCCCAGGAAAGGCCUGAAGGAAGAGGCCGGGGAAAGAGCCCUCCCUCUCUCCCUUGUCCCUCCAUCCACCCAGCGCCUGCAUCUGGAGACCCUAUGGCCCGGGCUCACUGGGGCUGCUGCCCCUGGCUGGUCCUCCUCUGUGCUUGUGCCUGGGGCCACCCAAAGCCAGCGGAUCUUGGAGGGCAGGAUGUGAGAAACUGUUCCACCAACCCUCCUUACCUUCCAGUUACUGUGGUCAACACCACAGUGUCACUCACAGCCCUCCGCCAGCAGAUGCAGACCCAGAAUCUCUCGGCCUACAUCAUCCCAGACACGGAUGCUCACAUGAACGAGUACAUCGGCCAACAUGACGAGAGGCGUGCGUGGAUUACAGGCUUUACAGGGUCUGCAGGAACUGCAGUGGUGACCAUGAAGAAAGCAGCUGUCUGGACCGACAGUCGCUACUGGACUCAGGCUGAGCGGCAGAUGGACUGCAACUGGGAGCUCCAUAAGGAAGUUGGCACCACUCCUAUUGUCACCUGGCUCCUCACCGAGAUUCCUGCUGGAGGGUGUGUGGGCUUUGACCCCUUCCUCUUGUCCAUUGACACCUGGGAGAGUUAUAAUCUGGCCCUCCAAGGCUCUAACAGACAGCUGGUGUCCAUCACAACCAACCUUGUGGACCUGGUGUGGGGAUCAGAAAGGCCACCUGUUCCAAAUCAACCCAUCUAUGCCCUGCAGGAGGCAUUCACAGGGAGCACUUGGCAGGAGAAAGUAUCUGGCGUCCGAAGUCAGAUGCAGAAGCAUCAGAAGGCCCCAACUGCCGUCCUUCUGUCGGCGCUUGAGGAGACGGCCUGGCUCUUCAACCUUCGAGCCAGUGACAUCCCCUAUAACCCCUUCUUCUAUUCCUACACACUGCUCACAGACUCUUCUAUCAGGUUGUUUGCAAACAAGAGUCGCUUUAGCUCUGAAACCUUGAGCUAUCUGAACUCCAGUUGCACAGGCCCCAUGUGUGUGCAAAUCGAGGAUUACAGUCAAGUUCGUGACAGCAUCCAGGCCUACGCAUUGGGAGAUGUGAGGAUCUGGAUCGGGACCAGCUAUACCAUGUAUGGGAUCUAUGAAGUGAUACCCAAGGUGGGUUUACCAGGCCCCAGCCCAAGCCAGGCACCAAUCUCCGCUCCAGGCCUGAGAACCAGCUCCUCUGUUUCCCUGCUUCCCCAACUCCAGGUGCGGGACGCUGUGGCUGUGAUCCGGUACUUGGUCUGGCUGGAGAAGAAUGUGCCCAAAGGCACAGUGGACGAGUUCUCGGGGGCAGAGCUCGUGGACAAGUUCCGAGGAGAAGAACAGUUCUCCUCUGGACCCAGUUUUGAAACCAUCUCUGCUAGUGGUCUGAAUGCUGCCCUGGCCCACUACAGCCCGACCAAGGAGCUGAACCGCAAGCUGUCCUCAGAUGAGAUGUACCUGCUGGACUCUGGGGGGCAGUACUGGGACGGGACCACAGACAUCACCAGAACAGUCCACUGGGGCACCCCGUCUGCCUUCCAGAAGGAGGCGUACACCCGUGUGCUGAUAGGAAAUAUUGACUUGUCCAGGCUCAUCUUUCCUGCUGCUACAUCAGGGCGAAUGGUGGAGGCCUUUGCCCGCAGAGCCUUGUGGGAUGCCGGGCUCAAUUAUGGUCACGGGACAGGCCACGGCAUUGGCAACUUCCUGUGUGUGCAUGAGUGGCCAGUGGGAUUCCAGUCCAACAACAUCGCCAUGGCCAAGGGCAUGUUCACUUCCAUUGAACCUGGUUACUAUAAGGAUGGAGAAUUUGGGAUCCGUCUCGAAGACGUGGCUCUCGUGGUAGAAGCAAAGACCAAGUACCCAGGGAGCUACCUGACCUUUGAAGUGGUAUCAUUUGUGCCCUAUGACCGGAACCUCAUCGAUGUCAGCCUGCUGUCUCCUGAGCAUCUCCAGUACCUGAAUCGCUACUACCAGACCAUCCGGGAGAAGGUGGGUCCAGAGCUGCAGAGGCGCCAGCUGCUGGAGGAGUUCAAGUGGCUUCAACAGCACACAGAGCCCCUGGCCGCCGGGGCCCCGGACACCACCUCCUGGGCCUCUGUGUUAGUGGUCUCCACUCUUGCCAUCCUCGGCUGGAGUGUCUAGAGGCUCCAGACUACCCUGGUAACCCUCCAUCUAGAUGGGGGGCUCCCUUGCUUAGAUGCCCUCACCCUGCACCGAACAUACCCCAAGGGUCCCUGCUGGCCCAUCACCUGGAAACCUUUGCAUUCAUCCUCCUUCUCCAAGACC